UGCUUAAAAUAAUUUAUUUGGUGAACACUUGAAAGUACAUGAAACAUGCAAAUUCACUAAUUUUAUGUAUGUUUGGUUCACUCCAAAGCAACGAAUGAAAAGAGCAAGAAAAAACAUACAAUGAAACAUGUUUAAGAGUUUAGUUCGUGACAGAACAAAACUGUCACUACUAUUACUUCCCUUUCGCCACAUCCAUCACCAACACCAACCAUGUCUUUCUGCUUUGGAUUCUCAUUCCUACGCCCACAUGCUCCAACAAAUUAUCCAAAACGGCGCCGACCCAAACGCUGGGAAGCAUCUCCACUGUCACAUUCUCAAGCGUGGCGCUUCUCUUGACUUGUUCGCUCAAAACAUUCUUCUUAACUUUUAUGUUCAGUCCAACUCCUUGCAUGAUGCUUCCAAACUGUUUGAUGAAAUGCUUCUCACUAACACCAUCACUUUUGUCACCCUGGCUCAAGGUUACUCCCGUUCCCAUCAAUUCAAUGAAGCUCUUCAUUUCAUUCUCAGGUUAUUCAGAGAAGGGCAUGAGGUGAACCCGUUUGUUUUUACUACUCUUCUCAAGUUGCUGGUGAGCAUGGAUUUGGCUCACUUGUGUUGGACACUUCAUGCUUGUGUUUAUAAGCUUGGCCAUCAUGUUAAUGCAUUUGUUGGGACUGCUCUUAUUGAUGCUUAUUCUGUUUGUGGAAAUGUCGAUGUUGCUCGUCAUGUUUUCGAUGAUAUUUGUUGUAAGGAUAUGGUGUCUUGGACUGGGAUGGUAGCUUGUUAUGCUGAGAAUUGUUUCUAUGAGGAGUCAUUGCAACUUUUCAAUAAAAUGAGGAUUAUGGGGUACAGGCCCAACAAUUUCACCAUUUCUGGUGCACUUAAGUCCUGUCUUGGUCUAGAGGCGUAUAAUGUUGGGAAAAGUGUUCAUGGAUGUGCUUUGAAAGGUAGUUAUGAUCAUGAUCUUUUUGUUGGCAUUGCAUUGCUUGAGUUGUAUGCGAAGUCUGGGGAGAUUGUGGACGCGCAACGGCUUUUUGAGGAAAUGCCGAAAAAUGAUCUUAUUCCUUGGAGUCUGAUGAUAGCACGGUACGCUCAGAGUGACAGAAGUAAGGAGGCUUUGGAUUUGUUUCUUCGAAUGAGGCAAACACCUGUCCUCCCUAAUAAUUUUACAUUUGCUAGUGUGCUGCAAGCUUGUGCCUCUUUAGUUUUGCUUAAUUUGGGAAUGCAAAUUCAUUCUUGUGUGCUGAAAUUUGGUCUGAACUCAAACGUGUUUGUGUCAAAUGCCAUCAUGGAUGUUUAUGCUAAGUGUGGUGAAAUUGAGAACUCCAUGAAAUUGUUCGAGGAAUUGCCAGAUCGGAAUGAUGUGACUUGGAACACUAUAAUCGUUGGUUAUGUUCAGCUUGGGGAUGGAGAGAAAGCAAUGAAUUUAUUUUCAUAUAUGCUUGAGUAUGACAUGCAGCCAACUGAAGUGACUUACUCAAGUGUUCUUCGUGCCUGUGCUAGCUUAGCGGCAUUAGAGCCAGGACUUCAGGUUCAUUCCUUAACCAUCAAAACCAUGUAUUACAAUGACACUGUAGUUGCAAAUUCCUUGAUAGAUAUGUAUGCUAAAUGUGGAAGAAUUAAUGAUGCCCGACUUACAUUUGAUAAGAUGAACAAACGGGAUGAAGUUUCAUGGAAUGCUAUGAUCUGUGGAUAUUCUAUGCAUGGCAUGAGUGCGGAGGCUCUAACUUUAUAUGAAAUGAUGCAACAUAGUGAUUGCAAACCUAAUAAACUGACUUUCGUUGGUGUCCUGUCUGCUUGUAGCAAUGCAGGACUGUUAUUGAAAGGACAAGCUCACUUUAUGUCAAUGUCACAGGACUACGGCAUUGAGCCAUGUAUAGAACAUUAUACUUGCAUGGUUUGGCUUCUUGGAAGAUUGGGCCGAUUGGAUGAAGCAAUGAAACUCAUUGGAGAAAUUCCAUAUCAACCUAGUGUAAUGGUUUGGCGCGCAUUGCUCGGGGCUUGUGUUAUCCACAAGAAAGUUGAUCUAGGAAGAGUUUGUGCCCAACAUGUACUUGAGAUGGAGCCGCAUGAUGAUGCGACCCAUGUACUUCUGUCAAACAUGUAUGCCACUGCGGGGCGAUGGGACAGUGUAGCUUUAGUUAGGAAAAAUAUGCAAAAGAAAAGAGUGAAGAAAGAACCUGGCUUAAGCUGGGUUGAGAACCAAGGUGUUGUUCACUAUUUCUCUGUGGGUGACACUUCUCAUCCUGACAUUAAACUAAUAUGUGCUAUGCUUGAAUGGUUAAACAAGAAAACCAGGGAUGCAGGGUAUGUUCCUGAUUGCAAUGCUGUUUUGCUUGAUGUAGAGGAGGAUGAAAAAGAGCGACACCUGUGGUUACAUAGUGAGAGACUGGCCUUGGCUUAUGGACUCAUUCGGACCCCGCUUGCUUGUUCUAUUCGCAUUAUUAAAAAUCUUCGAAUAUGUGUAGAUUGUCAUGCAGUGAUAAAGUUGAUAUCGAAAGUUGUACAACGAGAAAUUGUUAUCAGGGAUAUAAAUCGAUUUCAUCAUUUUCGUCAUGGGGUUUGCUCAUGUGGUGAUUACUGGUAACUGAUAAUCGAGUCAAAAAAUAGGAUACAACUUGUUUAGGUUGGUGGGGAGGUGGAUGCCAUUCAUUGUGAAGCGAGUUCAACAAUCUUUUUGUGCAGUUCAAUAUAUAUAUGCAACCAUGGAUGAAUGACUUAGAUGGUGAGGUACAUUUUUGUCAGUUCACUAACCUGUGUAAUUUUCUUCUCCUUCAUCUGAAGAAUUAUCCAUUUCAAAUACAAAUUCUCUUCUCCUUCAACUGAAGAAUUAUCCAUUUCACUAACCUGUGUAAUUUUCUUCUCCUUCAUCUGAAGAAUUAUCCAUUUCAAAUACAAAUCUUCAGUUAAUAUGUUUGUCAUUAACCACCAUAGCCUUUGGUUUUCACUCUUGGGGAUCAGUUGUAAAUGUAUUAAACUGUUGUCCUUGAGGUAUUUCUUCCACAAGAUGGUUAUAGGAAAGAUUAAGACUUCAAGAAAAUCCAAAUUAGUUAAUUCUGCAGGAAUCACACCAGUUAGCAUAUUUGACGAGAGAUCCAACGAUAACAUAUUUGUCAAGUUUCCCAUGGAUUUGGGAAUAGGACAAGUGAGCCUGUUAUGGGAAAGGUUAAGUCCUUUAAGAUCAUAAAGUCUCCAAUGAUAUUUGAAAUAUCUCCAAGUUUGUUUCUUGACAAAUCAAUACUUACAAAGAUUUUGGAAUUUUCAUCACUGUCAUUUUGAUCCCUUUUGUCUCCACAUUGACAGAAUCAUAGUUUGAAAGUGAUAUUGGAAGCUCACCUCCAAUUUCAUUAUUACUCAUAUGUAAUUUUUGAAAUUUGUUUGGUUGGAAAAAUACAUUUGGAAUUUGUAAGUCAUUGGAUUAAAUUUCAAGGGCUCA